UAAGCUGUCAAAAUUAAAUUCGUACCGCCGCGUUUGACGAUACCGUAUUUAUUUUACAAUGGAAAUUGUUUCUUCAUAACCUUACCGUACAUGCGAAGUCAUAACGGUUGUCCAGUUUUAUCUUAAUUCAAAUAUAUUUACUUAAUAGAAAGCUUAGCUAACUUAAUUAUGAACAAAAUAAUAACCUAACCUCUCCUUAUUAGUUUACAGUUUUAAGUUAAAAGUAGUUAUUAAAUUCCUUAGUGAAAUGCAGAAAUUACAAAAUAGCGUAUUUUCUAUUGUGAAGACAACAAAUUUGUCACCUGCUGUGUUUAGUUUUUUGCAGCCGACCGAAGAUAAUAAUUCCGAUAAAACCCCCCUUGGUGGUAUUCUAAAUGACACCAAACAUGGCUGGCUUGCACUGGGGCCCAAAUUCUGCGUCGUCGACCUUAGAACCGGGCUGAAGGUGGCAGCACGAACUUUUGGGACACCAUACAGCAACUCCCGCACAACAGUCACCAGUGUAGUGGAGCUUAUUACACCUCUGACGGAGAAUUCCAAGCAACUUAUAAUCAGUUUGCAAUGUGAAGACUUCACAAGCAACAUUUGCGUAUUCCACAUCAACGGCUCGCAGAUACUGCGAUGCAUUCAAACCGAUUUAGUUGUGACAGAACUGGCGGUGUGCGAUGAAAUGCCUGAUGGCCCGUUCACAUGCUUCGAUGGUGUGGUCAUGGCCGGCACAAAGACUGGGGAGAUUUUUGCGUUUGAUCUCAAUAGAUCUGGCCUUAUUCAAGCAUUAAAAGACAUUACCCAAGGCUAUGAACACAUGAUUCAAAAUGAGAGCAAUCCAGCCAACCUUACCUUUCUACCACUGAAAGCGAUUCAUCAAAUCGAAGAGCAACGGGACCUAGUUCUUGUGAACAACGAUCAUCUAGCCAUUCUGCUGAAUGAGAGUUCGGUAAUGGACGGCCAGUACAUAUUCCACAAUCCUGAUGGCACAGUCCGGAUGAAGGCUAAAAGGGAUCACAUCAGAGUUACUGUGCUUCAGUACAUCCCACAGCUGGGAAGUUUGGCUGUGGGCUACAAUUUCGGUGCAUUCCAGAUUUGGAAUUUACUGACGCUGGAUUUGGAAUUCACUUCUCAAGUCAAUGUGGAGUGUUUGCCUGUGACGCACUUUGGGUUUCAGGAGCCUUGUGAUGACCCAAGAGCAUUCUGCUACCUCUGGGUUGUCUUCUCCCUGAUAGACAGGUUUGAAGAAGAGGAGUUCCCACUGGCUGUCAUGUACUCACUUACAUACCAAGGAAAGAGGAUGCUGUCAGAUACCAAGUGCCUCUAUCAGGACUUCUCAAUGGCCACAAUAAGAUUCCAAGCAGAGCUUAGCGCAAUGGAAGAUGCAGGACAUCUAACUGGAGGCAAAUGUGUCUCAUGCCACACCUACUCUGUGAAUUCUAGCUUGGGCUCUGAAGGAGAAGAUACUAUGUUGAACAUCUGCCAACUGGUAUGGGAAUGUUGGGGCGACAAUGCGAAUGCCUCCUCACAAUAUGGCAUGCUACUCUUUGAUCUGGACCAGUGGUACAAGGAUCAAAUGCCUGCGACCUACCGCCUGGAGAGCAACGUGUUCAUGAGCGCUAGUUGGUGCAGCCUGGCAGCCGGCGCGUGCGUCACGCUCGACGUGCGCCUCGAGCCCGCGUCCGUGGCGCCCUACGCGCACGCCACGCGCCUGGAGGAGCACCUGUACCCCAACAGCAUCCAGUACAACUGCAUCUGCCUGAACACGUCUGAGGCGUGUGUACUUAGCACAGUGGGGAUCCAGCGGCAGAUCAUCAGUUCUAUGGACGAUGUGGGCCCCACGGCGCUUCUAAGCCCCGGCCGGCUGUACCACGCCUGCGUCACCGCCGGCCUGGCGCCCAUGUACGCGGACACCUCGCGAAGCCCCAGCCAGCAACGCAGAUACCUGUUAUCAGUGGCGCUUGAAGCGCGCCUGUCUCGCUUCCUAAAGCGCUGCGCGCACGACUGGGCCACGGGCAGCCAUGCCGGCGCCGGUUGCACCUUGCCGUUUCUUGUCGAUUGGUGCUGGCAGCGCGCUAUAGAACUGAAAGAGAACGCUAGGGAACUCACAGCGCCUCUCUUUUCUUCUUCCGCAUUGCCUGACAGAAAUGUGGUCAGAUGCUUAGAGCAUUGCGUGCAACAACUAACUCAACUGACAGGCCUGUUGGAUGCAAUCCUAACUAAAUGCUGCAAUUUGGUUGUGCCUGAUGCUCUAAGCGAAAUGGAGGAGAAGUACAAAGGGAUCGGCUGCGUAUCUCUGUACCUACGCGUGGUGCAGUGGUUCCUACGUGUUGGACUGUUGCCUGAGAGACUCCUGGCGAGAGACGCGCUGCCCUACCCCGCUCAUCAUCUGCUUCACACCUACACCAAGCGACGUAUGAAACUUCAACGGCUAGAAGAUAAUUCACCAGUGGAAAAUAAUGUGAGCAAAUCCUGUUCGCUGCUGUACAUAGACCAACUCAUCGAAAAUGAAUUCGGAGGGGAAAGGAUACACGAAAUGUGGCUCGGCGGCGGCAGCGAGUGCAACGGACUGUACCCGCCGCCAUCUCUGUAUUCUCUGCUGCGACUGUACCUGCUGCCGGACAUCGCCGAGGAGCAGAAGCACUCGCUGGUGCUGUACCUGCUGGUGGACUACUCCGUGGUGUACGAUGACGUCAGGCACGAAGCUGUGAUUCGCCGCUUGAUGCAGUUCCCGACAAUGUUCGGCCUGAGCAACACUGCUAUCAAAGCCACACAAGCUUUUUGGCACUUGGACCAUAGAGACUUUGAUUUCGCCCUAGACCAACUGCAAUGUCUGACCGGCAACACUCUCUCGGAGUGGCAACACAGCGUCGUGUUGUCUUCUCUGCUGGCACAGAAGAAGACUCAGGCCGCCCUCCAAUAUUUGCACGUCAGGAAACCAGCGCCAAUCCAGUACAAAGACCCAGAGACAAUGAACUCCAGUCGCGUCGGAGACCAAGACAAGUUAGACGACUGGCAGGCCUGCUGCAGCCUGUACCUGGCGCGCGGGCUGGCCUUCGAGGCGCUGGACGUGGCGCGCUCGUGCGUGCGCAGCGCGCGCAGUACAGACGACCAAGUGCGCGUGCUCAACUACUUCUUCCGAGUUUCCCUGCGAUAUUCGCGGAGCCAGGACAAGUUGGACGACUGGCAGGCCUGCUGCAGCCUGUACCUGGCGCGCGGGCUGGCCUUCGAGGCGCUGGACGUGGCGCGCUCGUGCGUGCGCAGCGCGCGCAGUACAGACGACCAAGUGCGCGUGCUCAACUACUUCUUCCGAGCCCAGGACAAGUUAGACGACUGGCAGGCCUGCUGCAGCCUGUACCUGGCGCGCGGGCUGGCCUGCGAGGCGCUGGACGUGGCGCGCUCGUGCGUGCGCAGCGCGCGCAGUACAGACGACCAAGUGCGCGUGCUCAACUACUUCUUCCGAGCCCAGGACAAGUUAGACGACUGGCAGGCCUGCUGCAGCCUGUACCUGGCGCGCGGGCUGGCCUUCGAGGCGCUGGACGUGGCGCGCUCGUGCGUGCGCAGCGCGCGCAGUACAGACGACCAAGUGCGCGUGCUCAACUACUUCUUCCGAGACCAGGACAAGUUAGACGACUGGCAGGCCUGCUGCAGCCUGUACCUGGCGCGCGGGCUGGCCUUCGAGGCGCUGGACGUGGCGCGCUCGUGCGUGCGCAGCGCGCGCAGUACAGACGACCAAGUGCGCGUGCUCAACUACUUCUUCCGAGGUUGUCGCAACACUGGCCACUUAUCAAAAAUACUGCAAGUGACACUCCUGCCUUUGGAAGAGGAAGUGUUCAUAAAGUACCUACAAAGCUGCAACGAGUCACAGACGUCGGACAUUCUCGUCAUGUAUUAUUUACAGCAGGCCAGAUAUCUAGAAGCAGAACAAUACAACAGUAAACUCCGCCACAGCAAGACUCGGGCUAAGGACGCUACGGGCUCUGCUGAGUCUCUAGCCGAUUUAGUAGACAGAGAAGGAGCAAGAGACACAAUUGUUGAAGUGGUCUGCGCGUCUCUGCCUAACAUCACCAACGUCGUGAGAGACUUCGCGCUCUCGGACAAGGAUACUGAAUCACAUGGAUGGGUAGCUUGGGGUCAUUGGACGAAAUUCUAUCUGCUCGGCGACCGGACUUUAGACAGGGAGGGCGCUAGAGACACCAUAGUGGAAGUGGUCUGCGCGUCUCUGCCUAACAUCACCAACGUCGUGAGAGACUUCGCGCUCUCGGACAAAGAUACUGAAUCACACGUGAUGGCGGCUAAACCUAUGUCGGUAUUCAUCCAGGCAAAGUCCCCUAAAAACACGUUCACCUACAAAUCAUCAUUUAUACAGGAUACUAUUGAGAAUGCCAGCGAAACUUGGAUCAACAAACCAAAAAUGCGACGUGGAAUCAAACGCGCAUUGAAUAUUGAGGAGACUCCGUUUAUUUGCACGCCUAAGAUGGGGCGCAAUAGAAGCAUUCUCUCCGACUUACCGUCCGAGUCGACGCCGCCCAAGCGAGCUAAAUUGGACUUUGGGGGCACGCCCAAAACGCCCAAAUUCUCUAGCACCAUCAAACUGAGCCCAGAACUUAGUAAGCAGAUGGCGUCUCUACUAGACAUGCCGCUGGUACAGAGCCCCGAUAGCAAUCUUUAUGAUAGAGCUGAGACUCCGCACAGUAUUCUGAAGAUAAGGCGCAACGAAGCGAUGGAGCGUGACGCGCCUUCGCCAGUCGACUCACGCUACUUGGGCGAUAGCGAUGACGAACUACUAGAGACUGCCAGCAACCAGACGCACUACAGCGAUUCUACUAACAAGCACCUAAGGUUCACAAUCCCGACUGCUUCCGAAUCGGGUUCAACACCCUCCCCUGUUGCGGCGCCUGCGCCUUACCAAAUAAGCCGAGAUGUAUCGACGGAGAGGGAGAUGCAAAUAUCGGAAACUGCCGAGAGCGAGCGGGAUGGGGAUAGUCGCGGAACUACCGGCUCGCAUGCUAUGGAUGACAGCAACCCCAUGGAAUCGCCGCCGAAGAAGCUAGCUGUGGAAGUCAAGUCGAGGAAGACUUACAAAGACACAGUAAAAGCCAGGCGAUCCCUUUCAAUAUCAGCGAACAGCAGUCUCUCAGACGACCCAAACACCUCUAUAGAGAGCAUAGCCGACAUUCCCGUAACUCUCAUCAAUCCGCGCUACUCCGGCGAGCGGCGGCGAAGAGAGAGAGAGAGCCAGGAUAGCGUGCGCGUACUAAUAGAGAGAGAGCGCGAACUAGGAGACAGAGAGCGCCAGGAUAGCGUGCGCGAAGUAAUAGAGAGAGAGCGCCAGGAUAGCGUGCGCGAACUAAUAGAGAGAGAGCGCGAACUAGGAGACAGAGAGCGUCAGGAUAGCGUGCGCGGACUAAUAGAGAGAGAGCACGAACUAGGAGAGAGAGAGCGCCAGGAUACCGUGCGGGAGAUAGGAGAAAGAGACGCGGAUAUGCGGGAAAUAAGAGAGGGUGAAAUGGAGGCACCUAAAACGCCGACUGGCAGGAGAGGCAUACGAGCUGUAUCUGGAGAAAGCACGCCUCUGAUUAAUAGAAGUCGAUCGGUUACCCCUGAGCGUCAAGAUUCCCCCAGGACACCACUACGUACUAGCCGAGUGACGAGGAGUCGAUCCCGCACCCCCGAAGUGAGUCCGCGCGGGUCGCCGCUGGCGCCGAUUAUCGAGCAGCCGAAGCAGGAGGCUACAAGCGAGCCUCACGCCGCAAGUUCCACGCUCAGUGUGCCUAGGAAUCUGAGAAGCAGAUCACGAACGCCCGAGAGGGUAGACAAACCCGUGAUGGAAUCGCCAAGGCUCGAAGCGAUCACAGAAUCGCCUACUAAAUCGUCCAAUUCUGAGUCGUCUUCCUCCCCUAGCAGGCGCAGUCUAAGGAGUCGAUCACGCACGCCUGAGGUUGAAAUUGUUCAAGAACCGGCUAGGCCAGCUAGUCCACGUACACUUAGAAGCAGACCUAAAACACCAGAAAAGUUGAUGUCUCCCAAAUCAGAGCACUCAACUCGAACCAAAAAAUCUCUCUCUAGAAUAGUGUUGGAAGCAAACACAUUCGCCAAAAUGAUGGAGAAGAAUGACCCAGAACCGACGCCAGAAGAGCCAGAAAAUGUUAUCGAAUGCACUCCAAUGAAAACUGUAAAGCAAGUCCCAAGCCUUAUGGACGUGACGCUAUCGCCUAUCGUCAACAAAUCAGUACUACAAAGCUCUACCGACAGUGUCCUUUCAGAAACCGUAGAGAAAGAGUCCAACAAAACUGUAGAUAAAAGCACCACAGAUUUAGGACUAAAACCUCUACCAACGUUCACCACAAUACACGAGACAUAUUUCGAGAAAUCGGUUCUGCAUAGUUACCAAAGCAGCGUAGGCGAUUCGUCUGAAAGUGCAAUAGAAGACAAAGAAGUGAAAGAAGAUAACACUACCAAUGCGGGUCUCAAAUCGCUACCUGCUUUCACGACAAUAAACGACACAGGAUUUAACAAAUCUGUCCUACAAAGCUACGAAAGUAGCGUAGCAGACACUUCGAGUAUUCACGAAGAGAAGGAAACCAAAAUAACCGAAGUGAGCGUUACCAAACCCUUCUCAAAGUUCACUGAAAUAGUUGAGACUAACUUCGAAAGAUCUGUCCUCAAAAGUUACCAAAGCAGCAUGGCGGAGACCUCAAACGAGGUAUCUAAAGACGAAUCUAGCAACAAAUCGGCUCUGAAAGACGCAAGUUUGAUAACCAACGAUAGCGAUGUGGAAAUGAAAGAAGAUGAAUGUCAGUCAAAAAUAGAUAGUCUUUCAGCAGUCAUUCAAAAAGAGAAAGAAAGGAUUGUGGAUAUCGAGAGGGAAAUAAAUGAACUGGAGGGUGACAUGACAGAUGACAGUAGCGAAUCGACCGCGUCAGAUAGUUCUGGUGACGAGGAAAUCCUGGUGCCAGCUGAUGUUAAUGAGGAGUCUGAUGAAACUUCAGAAUCGUCGAGUGAAUCGGGCAGCGGUGAUGAAGAAGUGAUAUCUAUUAAAGAUACAGAUUCUGAUGAAUCUUCGAGUGAUAACAAACUGCAAAUAGAUGAGAAUACCAGCAGUUCGGAAAAACAAAUAACUCCGCUUAGAAAUAUAGAAGUUGUAGUUGAAGUUAAUGUAGAAUCAGAUGAUAAAGCCGAAGAAAAAGAAACAGUUGAAGAAAGUAACAGCAAUGUAGAUCCGAUGAAUCAAGCGCAGAUAUCAAUGCUGACUGAUGAUAAUUCUGUAAUAGAAUCUGAACAGUCUAAUGCUAAUUUAAAUUAUUCUGAUGAAGUUAAAACUAGCGAGGAACCUAAAAUCGCGGAAGCUGUUCCUAUGGAUACAGGUGAGCUAAAGCCGGCAGUCGAAAUUAUAGUUAUGGUUGAAGAAAUUGCUCCUGCCGAAAUUGCCGAAACUGAUAAAUUAGAUACCGCAGUAACCAAAAGUAUUGAUGCCGUAGAUUCAAUUGCACCAGCUGAAAAAGUUGACCCAAUAUCUACAACUGCAGAAGCACAUGUAAAAACAAUUGAGGAACCGAAAGUAGAUACUGCUGAUGCUAAAUCUACUAAAGAAAAAUCUGCAUCGAUUGAAAGUCCUGUUGAAAAAGAUAACAAACAAACUGGAAAGGAUGACAAGCCAACAGAAAAGGAAGUCACUACCCAAUCAGAAGAAGGCGAAACAGAAAAAAAGGAAAUCACUACCCAAUCAGAAGAAGGUGAAACAGAAAAAGAGUCUCACAAACCCGCUCCCAGAACCAGAAAGUGUGCGCAGUCUACGUCAUCUAACAAAUCCGUGACCGAAACAAAAGAAGAACCCCGAACUCCAGUCACUAGAAAGCGAACGCAAUCCACAGCUUCCAACAAAUCGGUCACCGAAUCAGAGCCGAAGACUCCCGAAAAUGUUGCUGAAGAGACAAGUACUCCAUCUAGAAGACGAGCCAAAACGCCGUCUAGCGUCGAAGUCCGAAAGAUUAUUACUCGAAGAGCAUCUAAAGAGAUGUCUGAAAAACUAGACGAAUCUAAAGAAGCUCUUGAUGACUCAGUCACAGCUACUCCUAGAAGACGUUCCACCAGAUCUAGGACUAAAAAUAUAGAUGAUAACGAGAGCGUAGCUUCAGAAAGUUCGAUCAGAUCGACUAGGAGUCGCGCUAGUGAGGACGCGGGUGAUAUUAAGGCCGCGCCAAUAAGGAAAGGCAGGAAGUCCAUACUGAGCACCAAGCCUGAUCUGUCUGUGAUACCAGAGAUGAUCGUUGAAGAGGAAUCGAAAAGCAGCGAGGAUAUUGUUAAUGAAUACUCCAAUGCUAGAAGGCUGACCCGCCACCAGAAAACAGUGCUAGAAUCGUGGCUAGAACCGGCCGCGUCGCCUCGUUCCCGCCGCCGCACCAGCGCCGCAUCGCGACACAGCGCGUCGGACCGCGACGACGAUGACGCAGACUCUACGCAUUCUUUUGACGUACAAUCCAUGGAUAGAAUCGCUCUACUGGCUAAACAGGACUUUGAAGGCUCUCCAGACUUCGAGGAAUACCCCAACGUCGGAUCGCCGGAUUCAAUCGCUUCGGACGCAAGCAAGCAACAAAGGAGAUCUCGAUUGGCGCGCGCAGGUUCAGAGUCGAAAACCACACCGAGAGCUGUCAAGAAAACGAGGAGUAUUUCCGUUGAUAUCGGCGAGGGUUCUGAAGCAGGAUCUCCCGCGGGCAGUCCUUUGCGCCGCGCCAGCCGCCGCGCGUCCUUCAACAAGGCGUGCGAGGCGCUUCACACGCCUAUCAAGGGCCGCCGCACGUCUACGGACACCAGGAAAGAAGCAGAAAGCCCGCAAGACUCGCCGGCCGUUUCCGAGUCGGAGUCGGUCGCAACGCCCGCGCGUCGCUCGCGCCGCGCUGCUUCCACGCAGUCUAAUGCCAGCCAAACUAAAUUGGAUACCAGCAAGAGAUCAAAGAAAACCUCUGCACUAGAUGAAAGUAAGGAUAAGAAGAAGUAAAUAGAAUAAAUUAUUCCUCUUUGUAUACUACGUAGUUAAUGUUAAAGGGUUUCAGUUUUGCAUUUAUACUAAAAUAAAAUGUGUUAUACUUA